AGGAGGAACGAUGCCUGUGCUGAGGCUUUACCGAGGGGCGGGCCACGAGGGAGAAGCCACGAGGGUCCUUCUGCAGCGAGUUCAGCAGACGUGUCCCAGUGUUACGGGGCUUCAGCGGGAGUAUUGCUUCUACAUUCUGGCGAAGGACGAGUCCCCAUCGAGUAGCUCAGAUGACCUGGAGGGCGUCCUGGGCAAAGAAGGGGCGUGUCGUCUCUGGGGCAUUUUGGGGGACCACUGGGCAAAGGGCAUGAACCUCCACCAACGCUCCCAGCUGGCCGUCGACGCACCGUCAAAGCAGACCAUUGUGGAAAUCGGACCGAGGUUGAGUUUCACAACAGCCUGGAGCACCAACGCCGUCAGCAUCUGCCACGCUGCAGGCUUGCCCACCGUCAGCCGACUGGAAAGGGCGCAUCGUUAUCUAUUCACCAGCUCUGAGGAACUGACGUCUGAUAUCCGACAGAAGAUCCUGGCGGCGAUACACGACCCCAUGACGGAGCAAGAGUACAAGACGCCUCUGGAGACCUUCGAGCAGGAGGUUCUGACGGAGGCGUGGUCGGAGGUCGAUGUCCUAGGAAGAGGCAAGGAGGCGCUGAAGGAAGUCAACGAUGCUAUGGGCCUUGCCUUUGACGGCUGGGACUUGGAAUACUACACCGAAAUGUUCAAGACGAAGGUGGGCCGGAACCCCACCACGGUCGAGCUCUUCGAUCUCGCGCAGUCGAACUCCGAGCACUCGCGACACUGGUUCUUCAAGGGAGAUUAUCUUCUGGAAGGCGAGAAACUCCCCCGCUCUCUGCUGGACAUGGUCAUUGCCACCAACAGUCCCGACACAACGCACGCCAAUAACGUCAUUGCAUUUUCCGACAAUUCGAGUGGAAUUAAAGGCUGGAAGGCGGCGGUGUUGGUGCCCUCCGACCCGACCAAGUCCUCCGAGGUGAAGGUGGAGGAGCGCCUUCGUCACCUGAUCUUCACGGCCGAGACGCACAACUUCCCCACAGGUGUCGCUCCCUUCAGCGGCGCCACGACAGGCACUGGCGGCCGCAUCCGAGACGUGCAGGCGGCGGGCAGGGGCGGGCAUGUCGUGGCGGGAACAGCCGGCUACUGCUUCGGAAACCUGCACAUACCUGGCUACAAGUUGCCAUGGGAAGACGAGACAGAAUAUCCGUCCAAUUUCGCCACGCCUCUCGAAGUUGCCAUAGAGGCCUCGAACGGCGCCUCCGACUAUGGCAACAAGUUUGGCGAACCUGUCAUUGCAGGUUUUGCACGCUCGUUCGGCAUGCAAAUCGGUAAAGGGGACGAGUCAGAGAGGCGGGAAUGGAUAAAACCCAUCAUGUUUAGCGGCGGCAUUGGAACGCUGGACGACGCCAUGAUAUCGAAACAUGCUCCUGAAAAGGGUCACCGUGUAGUGAAGCUGGGAGGACCCGUCUACAGGAUCGGUGUGGGUGGUGGCGCCGCGUCCUCCGUCCAGGUCCAGGGUGACAACGCCGCCGCACGCGACCUGGGGGCAGUGCAGCGUGGAGACGCCGAGAUGGAACAGAAGCUGAACCGAGUCAUCCGCGGCUGUUUGGAAAUGGGUGAACAAAAUCCCAUUCUCGCCAUCCACGACCAGGGCGCGGGGGGGAAUGCCAACGUCCUGAAGGAGCUAAUGGAGGGAGCUGGAGGGACGAUCUUCACGCAAGCCUUCAGCCUUGGAGACCCGACCCUCUCGACGCUGGAAGUGUGGGGCGCCGAGUACCAGGAGUCGAAUGCAAUCCUCGCCCGCCCGGAUAAGAUAGCCGCCCUCGCCCGCCUUGCCGCCCGUGAGCGCUGUCCGGUGGAUGUGGUGGGCGUGAUCACCGGCGAUGAUAAGGUGCGGCUGGUAGAGGGGCCCUUUGAAGACACGACCGACGCUCCCUCGAAGUCCUCGGACGUCCGCCAUCCCGUCGACCUUCAUCUCGACUGGGUUCUCGGGAAGAUGCCCAAGAAGGUCUUCCACUGGACGAAGGAGAGGACGCCGCCCCCACCACUAAACUUGGGAGAGACAGUAGACGUCCGCGAGACCUUGGAGCGUGUGUUGAGGCUGCCCGCCGUAGCCAGCAAGCGCUAUCUCACAAAUAAGGUGGACAGGUCGGUGACAGGUCUCGUGGCACAGCAACAGUGCGUGGGGCCUCUGCAUACCCCCCUGGCUGACGUUGCUGUCAUCGCCUGCUCUUACUUCAGCAAGGAAGGGGCGGCCACCAGCAUCGGCGAGCAACCCCUCAAGGUGCUCGUGCAACCCCGGGCUGGUGCAAGGCUCACGGUGCUCGAGGCGCUGGCCAACCUCGCUGCGGCUCCCGUCUCGCAUAUGAAGGACAUAAAGUGUUCCGCUAACUGGAUGUGGGCGGCCAAGCUCCCGGGCGAGGGGUGGGCGUUGUACGAGGCGUGCGAGGCCAUGUGCGAAGUGAUGAAGGCUGUGGGCGUGGGCGUGGACGGCGGCAAGGACUCGCUGAGCAUGGCAGCGCGGGUCGGCGGCCAGAGAGUCGUCAAGGCGCCCGGGGACCUCGUGGUGUCGGCCUACGCCCCCUGCGCUGAUGUCACGAAGGUGCUGACGCCGGACUUGAAGAGCCCAGGCGGUGAAGGCAAAGGAGCACUGGUGUGGGUGCGGCCCGCUCCCGCCCACGCCCGUCUGGCCGGCUCCGCUCUCGCGCAGGUCUACGGGCAGCUGGGGCGCGACUGCCCAGAUGUAGACGGCCACGAGAUCUCGGCCUUUGUCGAAGCCUUCAAGGUUAUCCAGCAGUUGAAUCAAGAAAGCAAAAUCCUGGCCAUCCACGACAUAAGCGACGGCGGCCUGGUGACUUGCCUGCUGGAGAUGGCCAUAGCCGGCUGGGGAGGCCUCGCUGUUGACCUGCCGCCCGCGCCCGCACCCCCGCCCACGUCGCAGGAUAAAGUGCCGCCCACCCUGGCUGCGUUAUUCAGCGAGGAAGUCGGAUGGGUUUUGGAGGUCGAGUCCUCAGAAGCCGGUAGUGUGGUGCAGAGAUUCCAAGCCGCUGGAGUCCCUGGAACGUGCUCGUUGGGGGAGACCUCGGACGCUGGGCCAGGAGCGAAGAUCACGGUCAAAGUGGGCGGCCAAGAAACGGUAAAUCUAACCGUGUUAGAAGCAUCACGCCUUUGGGAGGAGACCAGUUACCGCCUCGAGACUCGCCAGGCCAACCCCGACUGCGCCAGGGCUGAGUUCGAAGGCAUGGCCACCAGGAGACACCACGCCUACCACGUUCCUUUUACCUACAGGGAUUUCGUGAUGGGUCCCAACGCCCUCGCCCCAUACGUGCCCCGCGUCGCAGUCGUGAGGGAGGAAGGCAGCAACGGCGACAGGGAGAUGAUAUCGGCGCUUCUGCAGGCGGGCUUCCGGGUCGAUGACGUCACGAUGACCGACCUGGUCGCUGGGGCGGCGCAGCUGGAGGCCUUCAGGGGCGUCGUCUUCCCCGGCGGCUUCAGCUAUGCCGACGUCCUAGGAUCCGCCGUGGGCUGGGCCGCUGCUAUUCGAGGGGGCGAGGGCCUGAGAGCAGCCCUCGAGGCGUGGAGGAACAGAGGCACCAGUUUCUCGCUCGGAGUGUGCAAUGGGUGCCAGCUGAUGGCACUCCUCGGCUGGCUGGACCCAUCCGAGGAGAAGGAAGAGGUGGCCGCAGAGAAGGCGAGUGCCGCCCCCUCCGUCCGCCUCGCCCACAACACGUCCGGCCGCUUCGAGUCCCGCUGGUCUCGGGUGCUGGUGGAGGAGUCGAAGUCCGUCUUGCUCAAGGGAAUGGGCGGAGCGAAGAUGGGCGUGUGGGUGGCUCAUGGCGAAGGCCAGUUCACUUACCGCUCCGAGGACGUCCUCCCGCGACUCGAGAGGGCCGGCUGCGUCGCCCUCCGUUACCUUGACGACGGCGACUGCGUGACGGAGGAAUACCCAAUGAACCCCAAUGGCUCGCAAGGUGGCGUAGCAGGUGUGACCUCCCCUUGCGGACGUCACCUGGCGCUCAUGCCCCACCCGGAGCGCUGUGUCGUCACCUGGCAGUGGCCUCACCUAGCGCCCCCUCUGCCCACCAAGCCAGGGGCGCAGGCAAGACUCACCGCGCCCUGGGCCAAGCUCUUCCAAAAUGCCUUCGACUGGUGCCUCGAGAAUAGGGAGUGAUGAGAGAGGGAGGGGAGGAGGGGGGGGGAGUGACAGAGUUGAGGGAGGAAGAAGUGUGGGAGUGAGGUUUCGAAUGGGGCGUAUGGAGGAUAAGGGAGGGAGUGAGAGAGAGAGAGAGAGAGGAGUGGAUAGUAAGAUAGAUGGAUAGUAACUAUCCCUUAGAUUGAUUGUUGUCUGAUGUGUUUUUUGCUUGAGAGUAGGUAAGGGUAGGCGGUUAUAUAUGUAAUUUGGAUAUGUGAGCGCCUGCCUUAAUUCCUGGAAUCUAGGAGAGGCUAAGGGAAGACAAUAAAAAAAUCAGAAGCGAAUGUAC